CUGUGGGGCAUGAAUCAGCCUCCCGGGCUUCACGCAGGUAUGCUCCGCCCCUGUCCGGGAUCCGAAGGACAAUCACCCUACAUAAAGCAGGCACCCACGGCAUCGGCACCCAGGCUGCCUGGAGACUGGACCUUGUGCACCCUCUUCCCGCCUGCACAUUCAAGAAACGCCUCGCCCCGAGGGCCACUCAAACGGGACAGCAUGGACUUUAUAACCGACAUAGGGGUUACGCUUGUGUGGUUGGUCCUGUUGAUGAGCGGGCGGGGAGCCAAUGCUCAGAGCUCUCCAGAAGGAAACAAUGCAGAUAUCUGCCUCCUGCCCCCCGACGAGGGGAUCUGCCGAGCGCUGUUUCGCCGUUACUACUAUGACAGUUCCACACAGAGCUGCCGCCAGUUCUACUAUGGAGGCUGCGAGGGCAAUGCCAACAAUUUCCGAACUUUGGAGGACUGCAAUGAAGCUUGCUGGAGGAUAGACAGUCCAUCAUAUUGCUACAGUCCAAAAGAUGGGGGCGAUUGCUCUGGUAAUGUAACUCGCUAUUAUUUUAAUCGAAGACACACUGCCUGUGAGGCCUUCACCUAUACUGGCUGUGGAGGGAAUGACAAUAACUUUGAUAACAUAGAGGACUGCACACGUGUUUGUCUAAAAGCUAAAAGGAAAGGAGGAAAAGAAUGAGAAGAUACCCGACACUAUUUUGCCCAUGGAAGAUAACUAACUUGGAAGGAGUAAUUUUAACCUUUUCCCCUGUAUGUCAUCUUGUGGAUGCUACUGGCUCUGUGGUUAUAUCUGAAGAAUAAUAUGGUGAUACAGGGAAAUGAAUCAUUAAUGAUUUAUACAUCAGUUUUUAUUGCUACAGGUUACUUUUUCAUGUAUUUUUACACAUAACCAGCUGCUAUUCAAAUGUCAAUCGAUUAUUUUUAAUUUACCAUUCACCUAUAUUUUAAUGUAGUUGAAUUGCUGCUGUGCCUAAGAUAUAAAAGCAAAUAAUGACUCACU